CUAGGGGAGAGGGCCAGCAUGCAAAUGGUUAUGAGCCUUAGAGUUUCUGAACUCCAAGUAUUGUUGGGCUACGCUGGGAGAAACAAACACGGACGCAAACACGAACUUCUCACAAAGGCCCUGCAUUUACUCAAGGCUGGCUGUAGUCCUGCUGUACAAAUGAAAAUUAAAGAACUCUAUAGGCGGCGGUUCCCCCAGAAAAUCAUGACGCCUGCGGACUUGUCUAUCCCCAGUGUACAUUCAAGUCCUAUGCCAGCAACUUUGUCACCAUCCACCAUUCCACAGCUCACUUACGACGGUCACCCUGCCUCACCGUUACUCCCCGUUUCUCUCCUGGGACCUAAACACGAACUGGAACUCCCACAUCUUACAUCCGCUCUUCACCCAGUCCAUCCGGAUAUAAAACUUCAAAAACUACCGUUUUAUGACUUACUGGAUGAACUGAUAAAACCCACCAGUCUAGCAUCAGACAACAGUCAGCGGUUUCGAGAAACCUGUUUUGCGUUUGCCUUGACCCCGCAGCAAGUGCAGCAGAUCAGUAGCUCCAUGGAUAUUUCUGGGACCAAAUGCGACUUCACAGUGCAGGUCCAGUUAAGGUUUUGUUUAUCUGAAACCAGUUGUCCACAAGAGGAUCACUUCCCACCCAAUCUUUGCGUGAAAGUGAAUACAAAACCUUGCAGCCUUCCAGGUUACCUUCCACCUACUAAAAAUGGUGUGGAACCAAAGCGACCUAGCAGACCAAUUAAUAUCACCUCCCUUGUCCGACUGUCCACAACAGUACCAAACACCAUUGUUGUUUCUUGGACCGCAGAGAUUGGAAGAACCUAUUCCAUGGCAGUGUAUCUUGUAAAACAGUUGUCCUCAACAGUUCUUCUUCAGAGGUUACGAGCAAAGGGAAUAAGGAAUCCGGAUCAUUCUAGAGCGUUAAUUAAAGAGAAAUUGACUGCAGAUCCAGACAGUGAAAUAGCUACAACCAGCCUAAGGGUUUCUCUACUGUGUCCACUUGGUAAAAUGCGGCUGACCAUUCCAUGCCGGGCCCUUACGUGUUCUCAUCUGCAGUGUUUUGACGCGACUCUUUAUAUUCAGAUGAACGAGAAAAAGCCAACCUGGGUCUGUCCUGUCUGUGACAAGAAGGCUCCCUACGAACACCUUAUUAUUGAUGGCUUGUUCAUGGAGAUCCUAAAGUACUGCACAGACUGUGAUGAGAUACAGUUCAAGGAGGAUGGCUCUUGGGCACCGAUGCGAUCGAAAAAGGAAGUACAGGAAGUUUCUGCCUCUUACAAUGGAGUUGAUGGAUGCUUGAGUUCCACUUUGGAACAUCAGGUGGCUUCUCACAACCAGUCCUCCAAUAAAAACAAGAAAGUCGAGGUGAUUGACUUAACCAUAGAUAGCUCGUCUGAUGAAGAGGAGGAGGAGCCAUCUGCCAAGAGAACCUGUCCUUCCCUUUCUCCCACCUCUCCACUAAACAAUAAAGGCAUUUUAAGUCUUCCACACCAAGCAUCUCCAGUGUCCCGCACCCCGAGCCUUCCUGCUGUAGACACAAGCUACAUCAACACCUCCCUCAUCCAGGACUACAGGCACCCUUUCCAUAUGACACCAAUGCCUUACGACUUGCAAGGAUUAGAUUUCUUUCCUUUCUUGUCAGGAGACAAUCAGCAUUACAACACCUCCCUGCUCGCCGCAGCGGCCGCCGCGGUCUCGGAUGACCAGGACCUGCUGCACUCCUCGCGCUUUUUCCCGUACGCCUCCUCCCAGAUGUUCCUCGACCAGCUGAGUGCGGGCGGCAGCGCGUCCCUGCCCGCCACCAACGGCAGCAGCAGCGGCAGCAACAGCAGCCUCGUGUCUUCCAACAGCCUGCGGGAGAGCCACAGCCACACGGUGGCCAGCAGGAGCAGCACGGACGCCGCGUCCGUCUUCGGCAUCAUCCCGGACAUUAUCUCCCUGGACUGAGCCCCCGCCCGCCGAUCCCAAGGGGUUCACCUGGGCAGGAAGAAGAGAACUUUACGCUGUUCUACCUUAUUCUGUUUAGAAAAGUUCACAAGCUUGUUUUUUUUUCCUUUUUUUAGGGAAAAAAUUAAAAGAAAUGUACAGAGAACAAAACUAUAUUUUCAGUUUUACUUUUGUAUAUAAAUCUAAGACUGCCUGUCUGAUAAAACACUUGUUUAAAAAAAAAAAAAAAAGGAAAGAAAAGAAAAAAGCACCCACAACCACCUUCAGUUCAUUUUUCUGGAUUCUGAAGAUUUUUUUCAUCAUUUGUCCUAUGGUUUUGGUUUUAUUUUACUUCAAUGGCAUUAUUUUAUUUGCAAUAACAGCAAAGGAAUUGCAUGUAUGAAGUUUUAAAUUGUGGGCUUUGUUGUGGGGAGGGGGGAGGGAGAUAGUUUGAUUUCCAUUUUUUAAAAAUGACAGACUUACAUUUUAUUUGUGUGUGUGUGUGUGUGUGCGCGCGCAUAUUUUUUCCAGCCUUAAGUUAUAAAUCUCAUGAGUCCCACUGCAUUCCCUGUGUAUUUUCAGGACGUAGCUCAUGGGUGUGUGUGUUCAGUGUGUGCAUCUGUAUGUAUUUUUCUGUCCUUACCGUUCUUCUCCUGAGUUCGCAUUCAGUUCAUAUAUAAGUUAGUUGCCUGCGUAUUUUAAAGUGCUUUGAAGUUCUUGACCCUACAUGUGAGUCUAACAACUACCCUGGUUGCAUGUCUCCAUCACAUAUUCUCUCUGACUUGCUCUAUACCCCCGGAGAAUCUAUUUUCGAGAUAUUGGAAUAAAGCUGUCUUGGAAUAAAGAGUAGGCCUAGCAGACCUGUGAGUAAUACACUUUAGCCUAGUUCUUGAUUCCUAAGCCUGGAUUGCCAGUAUUGUAUAUUUUAAACCCAGUCUGUGAGUACCUUUUUUGGCCACAGGGUAACAAGUUAUCUUGUAAAAUCUUCAUACCAAAGUAGGAAGCAAAAAUAGCUUAGAAAGCCCUUUUGGGUAUCUUGUGCAGCUGACAGAGGAAGGCUUAUGUCACCUCCAAAGGUAAGGUGAGUCAGUUACCCUAAAAUCCAAAUUCUAUUUGGAAAUACAGUGCAUCACACAUGCAGCUCUAUAGACCCUACUGUUUGAGAAUCAGUUGGAGUUUAAAAGAAGUUUAAACAUCAGCCAUUUUUAUUCUCUGGUUCUGAAUGUUAUUAAUUUCUUAGCCUAUCUACCUUGUUUAUUUUUUCUUUACCUUUUAAUAACAAGCAUGACAUAGGAAAUUAAUUUUUAAGAAUUCAUGGAUCAGUCUGAUCUCUCAAUAGUGAAACAUGUAAAUAUAUUGAAAACUUUUUCAGGAAAUAAAGGGCCGAAGGGAAGGAAAGGCGGUUCUACUUGGUGUCCCAGAAGUAGCCGAUGCUGUAUUCUCAGUUGUGAGCUAUAUUUCAGUUGAGAGCGUAGGUUUAAGGAAAGGUAAAGAAGGGGCAAAGUGAAUGCCGGUUUUCCAGACUGGAUUUUUCUCUGUCAAAGCUGUUAACAUUCUCAGAAUUGAUGAAGGACCACCUUUGUGUAUAAACUUGUCAUUGUAAACUUUGGCUUGUUAACAAAAUGACCGACUUUAAUCCAGGUAGAAUUUAAAAUGGCUAUAUCUUCAGCUGUAUGAUAAAAUUAAUGGUUCACAUGACCAUGUGGCAUCUAAAAAUAAUACCUUUUUACAGCAGUCUCUGUUACUAAAUUGUUGACUUGAAUUUUGAAAAAAAAAAAAAGUUGGUGUUGAUAUGUAUAUGUGUGUGUGUAUAUAUGUAUUUAUAAACAGCGUGUGUGGUAACAAGUGAGUUACAUAGUCUUCCUGUGCAUGUGUAUUCCACACAUAAAUGCCUGAGUUAUAGUCACAAAACAAUUUGCAAUAAAAAAUUAACAGGUUCAUUGUCAGUUAAAACAGGAAAUAAUUUUUUAAGUGAAGCUGGUGGUGUGAGCACAUACUUUAAAAACUUUUAUUGCCAUACUAACUUAGGCCAGUUUCAAACAGUAUCAUGAUUUGUGUCUAAAUUUGGACUGGGGUAGAAAUUACUAAAGUUGUGGGGUGUUUUUUUUGUUUGUGUGGUUUUUUUUUCUGAUUUUUACAUUGUAAUGGAAACUUCAACUACCUAAGAUAAAGUGAUAGUUGCCCUUUUUUUUUUUUGGUUUUGUUUCCUGUCAUGGUUAGUGGUCUGAAAAUUCUGAUCAAUAACUUUGUGUGUGACACUGAAUUACCAUUUGAAUGAUCCAGUAGAAAACCUGUACCUUUAUUUCCUGCAGCUCAGCUCCAGGGUGGGGCGGGUCAGUCUGCCUCCCUGUCCUGCAUUAUUCCUGCCUAAGGGAAGGUUCAGUAGGAGGGAGAAAUCAGUGUCUGUCUAGUGGCCGUGGUCACGACCCACGGAGACCUAACUAUUCACUCGUCCUUUGAUUUUAGCUCAUUCCACUCCAUGAGGAGUUUGUCCCUUCAGUUGUUGAGUUCCUGAAGUGUAUGGAUUAGUAGUCGUCCCUCUGUUGGUAUCAUGGCCCGUAAGUCACUCAGACUUUCAUUCUGUUGUAAUUAUCAGUAGAGUCACUCACUGCAUCUUUAUCUCCUAAGUUUUAAAAAAAUUGUGUAGUCACUUGCUCUGUUUUUCUCCCCAGCCCAGGCCCACAUUGCUGAGCUCUCUGUGGACAAAGAGCGAUUCUCGGACUCUAGGCAAGUCGCCAGCAGCCCCGUGGCCUCGGUCUUUCAUAACGGUGUGCAUAUGUUUGUGUUUCUGUACAGUACUGCUGUGCGUGUGCGUGUGUGUGUGUGUGUAUGCACACAGAAGUCAGCUGACUGGCAGGGUUGAAGUGGCUUUUGAUUCCUACGUGGGCAUUAUUGGACACAUCUUUUUAAAAAAUACAGUCUGCAACUUAACCAUGCCACACUUGUUUGACUAGUUUAUUUUGAGCAUUAAAAUUUUCUAUUUAGACUGUCACAAUUCUACAUCGUUACUGACUCAAGGAAGAUUCACUUAAGUUUCUGAAAAAUUUUUUAGUAGUUUCUUUGAGAAAAGUUUGUGAAGUGGAAAAUACAUCCCAAUUGUAAAUUAAUGUGGAAUAAACAUUGUUUUGAAACAGUUUCAGUUUUAAAUACAUAAACUUACAGGAUCUUCAAGACUUCUGAAAGCACAUUUGAAUUUAUUUUAGUAAUAAUUUAGUUUUAUCAAUACAUUUUGUUUUUUUUUUUUGUUUAAUGAAACACAAAGCUUAGAUUUCAGAAGGAAGGAAGGAGAAUAGCUGGUGGUCCCAGAGUGUGCUGCUGUUGUUUAAUUAACAAGGGGGAAAAUGUAUAUAAAUAGAUAUAAAACUUACCAUAAAUUCCAUGAACUUAAAUCUGUGAUUCAUUGCCUUAAAACUUUUUCUCUUAGAAUUUCCAUACCGCAUGCCAAACCAGUAAAAUGGCUUUUAAAAAUGUAUAGUAGACCAAUGUCAGUUUGUAUAAAAGUUACCAAGUGAAAAUAUUUAUUACAUGCAUUGGAAAAAAAUUGUUUACUUAUUGAAUGUUACCUGUUUAUGUAGAGCUCUUUAGAUGUAAUAAAAGAAAAGCCUUCAGUUAA